AUGGGAGAUGAUAUAGGCACGGCGGGGGUUCCUGCUUUCUACUGUUGCUACUUGCUUCGCUCAAUACCCAAAAGGCUAUCGUACUACAUCGGCUCUACGCCCAACCCUGUACGAAGACUUCGACAACACAAUGGCUUACUGACAAAAGGCGGCGCAUACAGGACCAAACGUCAAGGAACACGACCCUGGGAGCUUGCUGCAUCUGUUAGCGGAUUUCCGAGUAAGAUCGCUGCUUUACAGUUCGAACAUGCAUGGCAACACCCGUAUCAGACCCGUUUCAUCAAGAGCGAAGAUCGAAUAGUGAAGAAGAAAGGUGGAGGCAGAAGUAUCCACCAGAGGCUUGCAGUGCUUAAACUGCUUCUACAUCACCCAUUUUUCAAGGUGAUGAGCUUGGUCGUACAUUUAUUUAGUGAGGAUAUCCAACGAGUAUGGUUCCUAGAUAAGUACAAAUUGGAAGCACCCUUCAUUCAUGUGGAGGUCGAUGAAGAUGCACUAAGCGAGCCCACAGGAGAGGAUGAAGAGAGUGUAAUAGAGCAUGCGAAGAAAAACCUUAGACUCGUGGAAUUGUUUUAUGGCCGUUCUCUGAAAGAGGAUUCUGAAUGUCUGGAGGAAUACCGACGGCGUCUCCAAAACGGCGCUAUGAGAUGUGCAAUAUGUGAAAAAAUAGUAGACUACGUGAAAGAUAGUGACAGCUUUAGUUCUGAGAAAGAACUGGUGGCAUUUUGUUACAAUAGUGUAUGCGACUACUUUUCCUGUUUGUCCUGUCUUUAUAACGUAUUUGCGAGCGACGAGGAACUAAGGACAGGAGAAAUUCCACUCAUACCAACCUCUGGUCAGUGUCCAAAUUGUAAUAUAGAAUUAAGUUGGGCUCGAAUCGUUCGUUAUUCGAUGUUCCUGUCUGCAUAG